UUUUGGCCAGGGUCCAGCACGUGCGCACGCUGGCCGCCCGGGGGUGCCCUGUAGCGCCGAGGGCCAGGAGAACGGCGGCGGGACCAGGAUUCGCGUCUAAUCUCGAGAAGCUGGCCACCGCAACAACAACCCCAUCGCGCGCCUCCUGAGCCUGCCACGCCCCUACGAGCCCCCGACGACGUGCCAUGAAGCCGCCCGGGCCGAGCGCUUCCUCGUAGACCCUCAUCCGCACCCAGCACCCGCACCCGAAGCUGCUGCGCCGCCGCGAGAAAUAGCUCGCCGCCUGCACCAUGGCGCCAGGAGGGGGAAACAUCAAGGUCGUGGUCCGGUGCCGGCCGUUCAAUGGCAGAGAGAAGGACCGCAAUGCGCAAUGCAUCGUCCGCAUGGAGGGCAACCAGACCAUCCUCUCGCCGCCCGCGAAUUCGGGCGCCGUGGGCAAAGCCGCUGGCAAAGCCGCCCUCGAGGGCCCAAAGAACUUUGCCUUCGACCGCUCGUACUGGUCCUUCGACCGCGCCGCCCCCAACUACGCCGGACAGGACAACCUGCACGAGGACCUGGGCAUACCGCUGCUCAAGAAUGCCUUCGACGGCUACAACAACUGCAUCUUCGCAUACGGCCAGACGGGCUCCGGAAAGUCGUACUCGAUGAUGGGCUACGGCAAAGAGUACGGCAUCAUUCCCAAGAUUUGCCAGGACAUGUUUGAGCGCAUCGGGAGCAUGACGGACAACAACACAAGCUGCACUGUCGAGGUCUCGUAUCUGGAAAUCUACAACGAAAAGGUCCGCGAUCUACUCAAUCCCAGUAACAAGGGAAACCUCAAGGUCCGAGAACAUCCCUCGACCGGUCCGUACGUCGAGGAUCUGGCCAAGCUGGUCGUGCGCUCCUUUGCCGAGAUCGAGAACCUCAUGGACGAGGGAAACAAGGCCCGUACCGUUGCCGCCACCAACAUGAACGAGACGUCUUCGCGCUCGCACGCCGUCUUCACUCUGAUCCUGACUCAGAAGCAAAAAGAUGUCGAGAUGAACAUGAGUGGGGAGAAGGUGGCCAAGAUCAGCUUGGUCGAUUUGGCUGGUUCAGAAAGAGCAAACUCUACGGGAGCCACGGGAGCUCGACUCAAGGAAGGUGCCGAGAUCAACAGGUCGCUGUCGACCCUCGGUCGUGUUAUUGCAGCGCUGGCUGAUGCUUCGAGUGGAAAGAAGAAAGUGCAAGUCCCAUACCGAGACUCUAUUCUGACUUGGUUGCUCAAAGACUCUCUUGGUGGCAACAGUUUGACGGCCAUGAUUGCCGCCAUCUCGCCUGCCGACAUCAACUUUGAAGAGACGCUUUCCACGCUGCGAUACGCCGACUCCGCUAAGCGCAUCAAGAACCAUGCUGUUGUGAAUGAAGAUCCCAACGCACGUAUGAUCAGAGAGCUCAAAGAGGAACUGGCUCAGCUUCGCUCCAAGCUGAGUGGUGGCGGCCCUGCCGGCAUGCCCCUUGAAGAACAGUAUGCACCAGAUACGCCCCUCGAGAAACAGAUUGUCUCGAUCACGCAGCCAGACGGAUCGAUCAAGAAGGUGUCCAAGGCCGAGAUCGUGGAGCAACUGAACCAGUCCGAGAAGCUGUACCAGGAUCUAAACCAAACUUGGGAGGAGAAACUCGUAAAGACCGAGGCUAUCCAGAAGGAGCGGGAGGCUGCACUUGAAGAACUCGGUAUCACCAUCGAAAAGGGCUCCGUGGGCUUGUCAACACCCAAGAAGAUGCCGCAUUUGGUCAACUUGAGCGACGACCCCUUGACUUCGGAGUGCCUGGUGUACAACCUGAAGCCGGGCGCGACCACCGUUGGCAAUGUAGACACUGAGAAUCAGACAGCUGACAUCCGUCUGACUGGUGCGCAAAUACUACACGAUCACUGUACGUUCGAGAACGUAGACAGUGCAGUAACAGUCAUACCCAAUGGUAACGCCAGUGUCAUGGUUAACGGGAUCCGCAUCGAUAAGCCCAAGCGACUACGGAGCGGGUUCCGCAUUAUAUUGGGUGAUUUCCACAUCUUCCGCUUCAAUAACCCGCAAGAGGCACGAGCAGAGCGCGCUGAGAUCGGCACAAGCUUGCUCCGCCAUACCGUAACCGCAAGCGCUCUCAACUCUCCAUCACCACGGCCAAGCCACGAAAGAUCUUUUAGUACAGUAAGUCUAGCGGCCUCUGAUGUUGACUCGGACAGCCCACGAGCUUCGUCGCCGGCAUUUUUCCAGCGGGAACGUGUCUCCGACUGGUCGCUUGCGAGGAGAGAGGCGGUGACUGCGCUUCUGGGUCCUGACCAGAAGAUUGCAUCCAUGCCAGACGAGGAAUUCGAUGCGUUGUUCGAUGACUUACAGAGACUACGAGCCACGCGAAGAUCCAGACCAGAGAGCAGGAUAUACGAUGUGAAUUCUGAUCCAGAAGACAUGGAAUCUGUGAGCUCGUAUCCUGUUCGCGAAAAGUAUGCAUCGAACGGGACCAUCGAUAACUUCUCUCUGGACACAGUCCUUACAAUGCCUUCAACACCUCAACCUGGCGAAGAAGAUGAGAGCUUCCGACAGGUCCGCGAAAGUAUGCAAGAGAGGCUCGAAAAACAAAAGGAAGACUACCAGGCUAAGCUGCGCUCAUCCGGGGAUGAGAAUGUCGAGAUCGAGGAGAUCAAGGCGGAGAAAGCGCGAAUGGAGGAGAACCUUCGUGCAGCGAAGGAGGAGAUGCAGAAGCAGUUGAAAGAACAGAAAGCAGCCUUCCAUCGUCAGCUCAAAGAGCUUGGACACGAACCUCCGCCGGAGCCGCCGCAGCCGCCAGAAGAAAACGCAGCCGAGAUCGAAGAACCUAGUGAGCAGCACACAGUGCUCGUCAAGAGCGUCUUCGACCAGUGGCGAAAGCGCAAAUACGUUACAAUGGCGGAGACGAUUCUUCAGAAUGCCGCGACGUUGAAAGAGGCGCAGGUUAUGAGCCAGCAAAUGGAUAAAAAUGUAGUCUUCCAGUUCUGCAUUGUAGACGUUGGCCACAACAUUGCGUCCUCGUACGACCUGGUUCUCAACGGCAUCCCGGGCGAGGACGAUGAGUACCUGGAAAACACCCCGAAACCAUGUGUUGGCGUAAGGGUGGUUGACUUCAAGAACGAGGUUGUGCAUCUCUGGUCGCUCCAGAAGCUCCGCUUCCGCGUACGCGUGAUGCACCAGAUGCACCAGUACAUGAACCGACCAGAGUACCUUCAACACUUCAGUCUCGAGAACCCAUUCUCGGAACCUUGUAUGCCAGAAUUCUCGCGCAUUGGCGAUGCCGACGUCCCACUUGCUGCUGUUUUCGAAUCCAGAGUACAAGAUUUCAGCCUAGACGUCAUCUCUCCGUACACGACGAACGUGGUUGGCAUAAUACGCUUAGCCCUCGAACCUUCUUCCGCAGAAGCCCCUUCGACUACACUAAAAUUUAAUGUCGUCAUGCACGACAUGGUCGGCUUUCCAGAAAGAGAAGGAACUCAAGUCCACGCCCAGCUUUUCCUUCCAGGUAUUUCUGAUGAGAGCGGCGCGACGACUACGCAGAUGAUCGCCGACUUUGACGAAGGACCAGUUCGAUUUGAGAGCGUUCAUAGCAUGAGCAUCCCAUAUCCAAGUCCACGAACCACGUUCCUGCGCGUUUCCAUCUUCGCCAAAGUCACGUCUAUGCAUCUCGACAAACUACUGAGCUGGGAUGAUAUGCGUGACUCGGCACCGCGGCCAACGCAGAAACGCCGCAAGGCUCGUCUUGCAGAAUCCGAAUUCUACACCGAGGACACGCACGACAUAUUUUCCCGCAUACAAGUCCAAGAGAUAUCUGAAGACGGCACUUAUAAGCCUGUCGAUGUCAUUCAGAGCGGCGCCAUGGACGCGGGUGUCUACCAGCUCCACCAAGGGCUCCAACGCCGUGUCGUGGUCAAUCUCACGCACACCAGUGGCGAUACUCUCCAAUGGGAAGAUGUUACCUCCAUGCGCGUAGGACGUCUCCGCCUCGUCGACACCGAGGGCAACUCUCCUAGCCUCGACAGCAGUCCCGUACGCGAGGUUCCUAUCAAGCUUGUUUCUCCACCCGUCGUCAAGUCUAACGCUGAUGGCACCGCGAAUGUGACCUUUAUCGGCCAAUGGGAUUCGUCGGUCCACAACUCGCUACUCCUUGACCGCGCAACGCCAGAUAAGUACCGCGUUCAGGCAUCUCUUCUUUUCAACGUGACAUCCACGAAACUUGCCGAGCCUAUGGUCUUUAGUCUUGAUCUCGCACUGCAGGUUCGUAGCAGAACGUACAUGCGGCAGGUCUCGCUGUUCUCUUUCUCGAACUUCUUUGCCCAGCAGCGCGUCAUCCACUCCACAGUUGGCGUGUUCAGUAUCGCUAUCCGUCCUACCAGCGUAAAGCGCGCUACAGAUCUCUGGCGGAUGAACACCAACGGUGACUACAUCAAAGGCGAAGAACACCUCAGCGGAUGGACGCCUCGAGGCGUGUCCCUCGUUCGAGACUAUAUAGCGCUCAAUAAGCGCCGCCAGCGCAUCGCUGAGAUCGAGACCGCGCGUUCUGUCCUCUCCUCCCGCGCCCUCACUACCUUUCCCUCCUCCACCUCCACCACCUCCCUCGACACUCGUCAAAAAGACCUCCUUCAGCGCGUGAUAGGCCUCUGGAAGAACGGCCGUGCCCCGGCCGAAGUCAUUCUCAACUCCACGAAUCUAGAGCCGCCCACCAACGGCGCCGCAUUCGCACCUCGCAGCCCCGAUCAUUCACCAUCUCGCGCGCCAAGCCUUGUUGCUACCGUGCGGUUCGUCCCAAAGAACCCAGAUCUGCUCAAGUCCUCGUACCUGCUCACGCCCGAUCCGACCAACACUCGGUGGGUGCGUCGCUUCGUCGAGCUCCGGCGGCCCUACCUGCACAUAUAUAGCGCCGAGGGCGACGAGCUGAACGCCAUCAACCUGACCAACGCGCGGGUCGACCACAGUCCGCAGAUAGCGCGAUUGCUGACGGGUGCGUCUGCGGGGCCUGGUGAGGGGCGCGGCGCCGGCGGCGUGGGUGACAUGGUGUGGGCCGUGUUCGCGAAGAGCAACACGUACGUCUUCCGGGCGCGGAGCGAGCGUGAGAAGAUUGAGUGGAUACUACGGAUCGAUCAGAGCUACUUCAGCUCUGAGAAUAGCGACGAGAGCAGCAACUGAUCGGAGAGGACAACGUUUCUUUUGUUCACAGCAUACACGAGUGUUCGGUCGCUCACGAGAAAAAUGUCUCUUUUGUAAUACGUACGGCGAAGAUACCCUGGGCAAUAGAUGCUCGUUGGUUAUUGGUGUGUUUUGUAUAACGUGCAUUAGACGGGGAGGAUAGUGGUCCAGAUGGCUGGCCAGCUUGGAGUGCAGUGUGAAUACUAAUUGUACAUAAAUUAUCAACUUUACGGCG